AUGGUCCUCCGCAUCCGCCUCGCUCGAUUCGGAACCACCCGCAACCCGAUCUACAACAUCGUUCUCGCACAAGCCAAAUCCGCACGCGGCAAAAAACCCAUCGAAGUCCUAGGCACAUACAACCCGAUCCCGCAGACACCGCUGGCCACACCACACACGCCCGAGUUCCUCGAGAACGGGGAGAAAUUUGUACCGAAAAAGAUCAAGGAUAUCAAGCUCGACACCGCGCGGACAAAGUAUUGGCUUGGUGUGGGCGCGCAGCCGACGGAGCCGGUGGAAAAGUUAUUAAGUUUGAUCGGACUAAUCGAGCCGAAACCCUCAUUGAAAGCAAAAAGACCGCAGCACACACCCACACCGGAGCCUACAGCGAGCUGA